AUGAUAUUACAUUUGGAGAAACUACUUAAGGCCUAUAAUGAACUAACGUAUAACGAAUUGCAAUCUCAAAAUCAAUUGAUAGAUGAUAUAUGGGUAAAUUCGCAAAAGUAUUUAAUAUUAUCAGGAAAUGGUCUUUGUGUUAAACCUUAUCCAGAUAUUAUAUCACGUAGAUAUGAACAGGAACUAAUGCAUACAAUUUGCAGUAAAAUAAAUAAAUUGCACAAGUCUAACGAUCGCCUUGGUAAAUCCUUGUCAAAUAUAAACGCACAAAUGAUCGAACUAAAGAAACGCUGUAAUAAAUUGGAUUAUAAUGUCGAGAGUCCAUUUAUAUUGGGAACAUAUAAUCUGAAAUCAUUGGGCUAUACACGGCAACUAAUUGAAGACCUCUAUGAAUAUUUCCAUGAGCAAUUGUUCAAAUUAAAAUGCUGGGCUCAAUUAAUUGCACCCGAAGAUUCAGUAUCUAUUGAAGAUUAUAGAACAUUAAUACAUCCCUGUAAGGAAUAUGAAAAUCGCAUUAUGGAGUAUUUAGAUUCAUGUAAAUGUAUGCGUUCCAAGAGAAUUAAUUGUGUAAACGAUAACAACUAA